CUUGUGAGGCCAGAGCUAAAGCUCUUCCUCAACCUAAACUAGAGGUGGACCGACUUCUGAUCACAAAGACUGACUCGUUCACAUUAAAGUGUUCAACCUCACAUGUUAAUGUUGAUCAGUGUGUUUUCUACAUUGAAAACAAAAAGAUGUCUGCAGCCUCCUCCUGUGUGGAAACAAUGACAGGAUCUGAACUGUUGAGGACGACGGAGAAAAUAUUACCAGCUGAGGUCAAAGUUAAAUGUUUCUACAGUGUAAAAGAUGGAGCUUUAAAUGUUACAUCAUCAGACAGUGAAUUAACCAUCAUCUCCAUAAACAACCUUGUUCCACCUACACUGACAGUGAACCCACUGGUGAUCAUAGAGACAGACUCGGUCACUUUAGACUGUCAGCCUCCAUCUUCUGUUUCUGUUACUGAUUGUUAUUUCUUCAUUGGGGGAGGAAGUCAAGCUCGGAGGUUUAAUUGUCAGAAGAGACUAAAAGCAGAAAUGAUCUUGUCUUUAACACAGCGAAGGUCACCUGCUAACUUUCACGUAACAUGUUUUUACCUUGACGGACAUCAAUCUCCAAACAGUAACAUGCUCACCAUCAUCAUACAAAUUCCUCCACCUGAGCUAAUUGUGAAUCCACAGCUCAUCACAGAGACAGACUUAGUCACACUGAACUGUGGGACUCCAUCAUCUGUUUCUGUGGAUAAAUGUUUUUUAUACUUCAUAACAUCAAAGAUACCUAGAAUCAUCUCCUGUGAGCAGACAAUGUCAGGACGUGAGCUCCUGAUGAUGACAUUUCAAACUUCCCCUGCUGAGGUUGAACUAACAUGUUAUUACACUGUGAAGAAGACAGAUGGAGGACAGCAUCAAUCUCCAAACAGUAACUUGCUCACCAUCAUCAUACAAAUUCCUCCACCUGAGCUGACUGUGACUCCACAGCUCAUCACAGAGACAGACUCAGUCACACUGAACUGUCGGACUCCAUCAUUUGUUUCUGUGGAUAAAUGUUUUUUAAACUUCAUAACAUCAAAGAUAACUAAAGUCAUCUCCUGUGAGCAGACAAUGUCAGGACGUGAGCUCCUGAUCAUGACAUUUCAAACUUCCCCUGCUGAGGUUGAACUAACAUGUUAUUACACUGUGAAGAACACAGAUGGAGGACAGCAUCAGUCUCCAGACAGUAACAUACAAUCAGUUAUGAUUAACAAAGUUAAAGAAUUAGAUUCAACAACAAGUCAGGGAGUCUCAACUUUCAGCAUGACUGCUUCCUGA